AUGAGCGGUGCUUCGCCGAAGACGUUUAAACGGGUGAAACGGCGCACGAAGACCGAACUGCAAGCCGAGCUCGAUCGGCUGAGGAAACAAGUGGGAACUGGCACGUCUGACCUUGAGAAUCAGUCUCAAUCUGUCGACAAUCCAAGCGCUGUCGGAAAUGUUCGAGGUCUGCAAGCGGUACCAACGUUGGCGGAAACCUAUACAACUCCGCAGCUAGUGGGCUUCAGCCCUCAUUCAGUGGAUGCUUCAACCAACAUUUCCGCCCCUUCAGCGCCAGAUUUAAGUAAUAGCGACAUCCCACAUUCUAACACUCAAACCUCGAGCACCCGGCCACAGAUCAUUCAAGACGUCAGCGUUGAUGCGCAAGACAUCGACGAAUGCUUUGCACUGUUCUUCGAGAAGAACUUACCCCAUCUCCCGAUCUUCGACCAGAAACUCCAGCCAAAUGACUGCUACGGAGCUUCUCCAUUUCUGUUCUGGACCAUCGUCGCGAUUGGGUCACGAAGGUAUUCGAAGGAUCCGACCUUGAUCCUUCUUCUUGCUCCCAAGGUUCUGGACUUGGCAAAGACCGCAAUUUUCUCAUGUGAGAGAGUACUGCCAACUAUCCAGGCUCUUGUACUUCUCUGCACCUGGCAGAUGCCGAUCGACACACUUCAGAAAGACAUCACCCCACAACUAGCAGGUGCAAUGAUACAGCUCGCAACCAACGUUGGCCUUCAUGUAUAUGGUUCUGUCCAAGAUUUCACACGAGUGCCGCUCAAAUAUGAUGGUCAACAGAGAAGUUUCAGGACCAGGUUGUGGUCGAUGUGUCUGUAUACCUGUCAGAGAAUCAACAACUCACGAGGUCUUCCACCCCUGGUAUUUACAGACACUUAUAGUCACGAAGGUUACAAGGAGGAUCCGUUGGCGUCAUUGACUCCCACGGUACGGUUCCAAAGGAAACUGAACCAUAUGUUAAGCGAGGCUAUUGUGCAAAUCGAUCGGGAUGCCCUGUCAAGAAAGCCAGAUGAGCGUAACAUGACGCUCGGACCGACCAUUAGUGCUUGUCUAGCAAAGCUGGGUACUUUGAGCGCAGAAUGUCCCACUAAACAUGAUCAACUCAUGCUACUGAUCGCCGAGCUACAGGUGUCAGCCUGCCACUUAAUUGCACCAUCAUCAGCCAUCGGGCAAGGCCACCUCAUUAACCUAUACAGCACUUCGUGUGCCAUUAUUGAGCUCGCUACAGAACUAGAUCAGGAGCAAGCAAUGGCAGAGUAUGGCUCGACGAAUGUCAACAUGAACUGGAAUCUCGCGGCUUUUAUAAUCCUUCGCAUUGGAAAAUCAUACGUCCGCGAAGCGCUAGACUUGAGGCGAGGACAAAGGUGUUACUUCUCAGCCAUCAAUCUGAACAAGAAACAAAGUGUUAGGUCGGAUGACAUAUCGGCACGGGCCACGAUGAUCCUAUCACAGUUGUGGACGAGUAAGAUGGUGAUCAAACAGCCUGAUGGCACUCCUGACAGCCUCUGGCUCCGUUGUCGAAACAGGCUCGGAGUGAGCGUGACGUUUGAUUGUUUCUGGUUGUGGAGACAGGAGUUUGGAGGACAGCCAAAUCCGUGGGAGGGCGUAGAAGGUAUGUUGGGCAUCGGUUACUGCGCUGUGGUACCUGUGACACUGACCAAUGUGGAAGAUGAAAAAACAACAACAGCUGCCAGAACAGUCUUCUGGAGCUCUCCCAAUGCGGACUCGGUCAACAUGAUGAUGGGGAUCGGGUGGUCUCCAGAUACGGUAUUCCAAGAUUUUCAAUGGCCAAUCUUUGACGAGUUCCUGUAUGAUGGUUGGAUGGGAGGAGUCAGCGACGAAACGACCCUGCCGCAAUGA